AUGCGCCCAGUUCUUGCUUCGGUGGCCUCGGGGUCAAUAACCGGAGUACUGCUCACUCUUGCACGGGAACUCUCCAGCAAUCCACUUCUUCAGCUUCCUCCUGCCACUGUCCCGACUAUCUCUGAGGUCUGCUCUGCCUUGCCUCCUCUUCCUGAGACUUGGACUUUUGAUUGGACUUCCUUUGGAUUUGGCCUCCUCUGCGGCUCUUUGCUCCUUCCUCUGCUUGACCUCUUGCUCCUACUGAGGCUUGCUUGGAUUAGAGCUUUGCGGCAAACCAUUCCCAAUCGUCCUAUCCAGAAUUUGAGUUUGCGAGUCGGUGAUUUAGAAAGGACGGCAGACAGAGCGGAAAACAGAUCUGAAACAGGAGGAUCCAACAGUGAGUUUGAGUUGAUUUCUGGAGGAGCCAGUGUAGCAGCGCAGCCUGCCAGUCCUAGUGCGACUGGUCCUGGAGAAGUCUUACUCUCCGACACAGAGGGUCGCAGAAAGCUGGCCGAAGGGAUUGGCCGUUUCCUUUUGCGUUGCGUCAGAGGCGAGCACCGAGGAACCUCUGGCAGAGAUCGUCUCAAGUUGCAGAACGGGCUCUACGUGAUCCUGGCAGACUUUGAAGGAAACCUUUUGAGUGAUCCUCAGGUUGAGUUCUCAUUUGCUCCGGUCAAGGCUCUCUGCAAAAGAGGGGGGGGUCCAGGUCGAGCCAUUUUUGUGGGAUUUGCCACAAAGUGGGAAGCAAGGUAG